GGCUCCAUCACUUGCUGGGCUAACGCAACCUCACUGGUUUCGGGGUUCAAGGUUCCAGAACAGAUAAGCAGAGAAAAUGGCUCUGCUAACGCCGCUACUCGCUUUCCUCUACCACCUGCCGCAGGUGUACAAAUGGCUGCUGAAGCCUUACUAUAUAGCUUCUAUCUUCAUGUCUAUCGCCUUCCUAGCCAUCCGCAAAACGCCCGGCGUCUGCGACCACCUGGCCACGGAACGAGAAGACGGCAACUCCUGCGACUUCGACUGGAGAGAGGUGGAGAUCCUCAUGUUCCUCAGUGCCAUCGUCAUGAUGAAGAACAGACGAGCGAUCACGGUGGAGCAGCACGUCGGCAACAUCAUCCUGUUCAGCAAAGUGGCCAACGUCAUCCUGUUCUUCAGACUGGACAUCAGGAUGGGUUUACUCUACCUGACACUCUGCAUAGUGUUUAUGAUGACCUGUAAGCCUCCUCUGUACAUGGGACCAGAGUACAUCAAAUACUUCAGCGACAAAACCAUUGAUGAUGAGCUGGAUAGAGACAGUCGUGUUACGUGGAUCGUCGAAUUUUUCGCCAACUGGUCUCCGGAGUGCCAGUCCUUCGCUUCUGUCUACGCUGACCUCUCCCUCAAGUAUAACUGUUCUGGUCUCAAGUUCGGCAAAGUGGACAUCGGACGCUACGGAGAGGUUUCUAAAAGGUACAGGGUUUCUACGUCCCCGCUGUCCAAACAGCUGCCGUCCUUGGUGUUAUUCCAGGGAGGAAAGGAGGUGAUGCGUCGCCCCCAGGUUGACAAGAAGGGCAGAGCCGUAUCCUGGAGCUUCACUGAGGAGAACAUCAUCCGCGAGUUUAACCUCAACGAACUCUACCAGAAGUCCAAGAAGCUGAACAAGUCCAAAGGAGACAAGAUCAACCAAUCCCAGUUCCCCCCCGUCCCCGAAGAGGAGGAGCCCGAGCAGCCAGGAGUGGACGAGGAGGAGGAGGAGGAGGAGGAGACCGAAACCAAGAAGGACAAAUAAAGACGGUGUGUGUGUGUGUGUUUGUGUGUGUGUGUCGCUCAGCUUGGACCUCUGGAUGGAACUCGUGGGUUCAGGUCAGCUCCUCUUCGCCUCUCCUCUUUAAAGUGUCCAGUUUGUUUCUAUCAGCAGGGGGGGGGCUGUGUCAGUGUGGAUCAUCAUACCCACCCUCCCCCAAGAUAUCUCUCUCCAAUGAGAAUGACUUCUUGUUUAAAUUACCACAAUAGGUCUUUCUCUCUGUUUCCAGCACCGUGUCACUCUUUAACAUUUCCCUCAGUUGCAGUAAGUGAACAGCAGAACAGCUGUACACUGACCUCAGUCCUGUAGUAAAAGAACAAAGAGAGCGAGUGUACACUUUGUCAGAGGAGCGAGCUGAGAUGCAGUAAAGAGGGCUGGAAUGUUCAAACCUGCUCCACUAUGUGAGUGUGAAGCCUGGAGGAAAUGUGCUGUGCAGAGUCUUCACAACACAUUUCUGCUGGUUAAAGCUGUGAAGCCCCCCCCCCCCCCCCCACUGACCCACCGUCAGUCAGAUUAUUACUAAUUAACAAUGAGGGAGCAGUGAAUGUGAUGCUACUUGUUUUUUCAUGUUGAUGUUUUUAUGCAACUAAUUUAAUCCAGAAUAGAUUUUUAAACUUGUUUUAACUGUAUAUUAUUAAUUAAUGUAAAGUAAGUGAACAGGCAUUCUGUUGAUUUGCAGUGUUGAACAUUCAGGUUCACCACUGUUUAUCUUCACAUGAGAAAACACAGUAUGGGAGCGCUUGAUUAGUAUCACCACAGCCGCUUUAGCUGGGUGGAGUUUAUCAGGUUCAGCGUCCGUGUUGAUAGAAUGUCAACUUUCUGUCAUUCACACAUUCCAUUAUUAUUAUUAUUUUUUAUUUUUUACAGAUUCCUGCUCUCCUUUGUUUUGUUGGGUUUUUUAUCCAGUGUUUGCCUCUCUAACAGAGCUCAGCUCUUAGUUAACAUGUCAUGUUGCCUCCACUCAUGCUGUACAUUCAUUCAUUCAUUCAUGUUAACCUGUCACAUGUUUCCUGAUGUGGAAACACCUGCAGGUUUUCUGCAAGCUGAGCAGUAUUUUAUUAUUUGGGUGUUUUGAAGCCUUUAUUAGUAGCAGACAGGAGAUAAAGAUAGAGAGAGAGUGAUGGAGAAUGACAUGCAGCACAGGUCCUCAGCUGGAUUGUAACCAGGGACGUUCUGGUUCACGGUCAGCGCCUUAACCUAAACCACCAGGGUGCCCCAGGGAACCAGUAUCUGAUUUGUUUCCACUGAGUCUUUGAUUUCAGUUCACUCACAGCUCCCAAAAUUCUCUUCAAGCCGCCAAAUAAAGAAGUCAAGCAUGAAAUGAAUGUUAAUUAUUGUUAGGAGCCUUUUUAUUUCCUCUAACAGUGUUUGCAGCUGUUCACUAGAAGAAAUGAGCUGCAGUAAUUAUUGAUUACUUAUUAACUUCAUACCUGAUCAUUUUCUAGAAGUUUUACAUUUCAUUUGGUACUAAUUAUUUAAAAGAAAAGCUUCAUUAAAUCCAGACUAAUAUUCAUUUAUUAUUCAUGUGUUCUGUGUUAAAUAGUCACAUUUAUUACACAGAACAAUCUGAGCAGUCAGCCUUAGUAACUGUUGGGAAAAGUGGAGACACUUUCAGAAAAUACUGGCAGGUGAUUGGACGAACCAUCUGUCUAUCACUGUCUUACCUUGUGAGGCAGCCUGAUUCAUGAGACACUGGCAAAUCACAAGAUGAAUUAUCACAUGAUGUCAUGAAUCCAGCUGCCUCAGGUUACACAGCUGUUACUGGCCUUCAGUUAAUGAGAACUCUGUUUCUCUAAUCAUUUGUACCAGAUGACAGGAACGUUCUAGGAAAUGAUUGGGAAAUUAUAGACCCAUAAAAUAUGAUACUAUAUAUAUUCAAUCAAAAAUUAUAUCAAAUAACUAUCAAUAAUAUUCAUCAGAAAUCAGCCAAAAUCCUGUCUUCAUAUCUCCAUAUCGAGUCACUCUGCAUGCUUGAGGUCAAAAAACUGCAGUUGAGUAAAUAUUUUGGUUAUGUUAAUAAUCAGUGUUUAUGUAACAUAUCCUACAUCAGUUUGUCUUUUAAUGAUACAAGACGUGGAUUUGAUCCUGAUCCAUGUCCGUCUGUACUGAACGGAUCCAGAAUCCCAGCAGAUUUUCUAUUUCCACUCACAUUUGGAAUUUUCAUGCCAGCCAAUCAAAUGAUGUCAAAUGCCUGUCCUGCAUAUUGAUUGGCUGAAUAAGCGGUCAGAGUUUUUUAGCGUGUGAUGAGCAUGAUGAGGAUGAACUGAGAGCAUGUUUGCUGCUGAUGUUAAUGAUGAGAUAUCGCAUUCCCGGUUUGUGUGUUAGUUAAUUAUUUUCAUUUGUAAUAAAAAUGAUGAUAAAUGUUGUUUCCUGGGUUAAAUAAGACUAUUUAAGAUAUGAUUGAAUUUUCCUGUUUUUUUUCUAUUCCUUUAUAACAUUCCUAAUCAGGACUUUAAGCCUUCUUUCCUUUUGUUGCACUGAACUGUUAAACACAUCCACACACUGUUUAGAUUAAUUUUAUUAAGACUGAGUUUAUUAUUGUAUUACUAAAACAGUUUGUGUAUUGAUUGAUUUUUUUGUAAUGCUGUUUGAUUUAAGCUGCAUUAAGGCUUGUAUGUAUAUCAGCUCCUCUACAUGAAUGGAGACGUCUGGCCUGUUUUUUGUUCUUCAUGCAAUAAAAAAAACAAUCUGCA